AUGCGGCGGGUACGGACAGAGCCUCGGCCAAACUUUGUUCGGCUCCUUCACAGCCAGGGUCUCGUUUUCAAUCGCGAUCCCAUCCCGGCAGGCCAACACGAGCACUACUGGCCCGACGACCGGUACUAUGCCUUCACCGGCGAGGAGAUCAAACUGCUCCAAGAUGCAGCUGCCGACGUCUUCGCCAUGCUGUGCGAAGCCACCGAUUACCUGACUGAGCGACCGGAGCUCAUCGCGAGCCGGCUUGCCAUUCCCGAGUUUUGUCUAAAGCAAAUCGUCGAAUCCUGGAAGAGGACCCCCGCCUUUGGCAGUGUCUAUUCGCGCUUCGACAUUUGCUUCGGCGGGCUGGACCACGCGGAUCCGCAGCUGCGCGUGCCCAGGUUCUACGAGAUCAACGCCGACACGCCCACCACGCUCAUCGAGUCGGCGUCCAUCCAGUUCUCCUGGCUCCAGCAGACGGGCCACGGGCCGGAUCAGUACAACGACGUCGAGGAGAAGCUGAUCGCGGCGUGGCAGCGCAACAUGGCAGAAAUCGAAAGGAAGCUGGGCCACAGGCCAAAGGUCCACUUCGCGUCCACGCGCACCCGCGACGGCGAGGACGAGAUCAACACGGAAUACCUGGCCGCGACCUGCCAGACGGCCGGCUACGAGACGAAAAACACUUGGCUGGACCAGAUCUCCCUGGGGCGGGACGGACGGCUGUACGACCAGGACGGGGAGCACAUUGACGUCGUCUACAAACUAUACCCGUGGGAAUUAAUAAUAAAGGAGAAAUUUGCUCAGGCCUGCUUUUCCGACAUGGAAAACAUCGGGAGGAGGGACGCGAGCGGCAGCAAGGCCAUGUUCGCCAUCCUCUGGGAGCUGUUCAGAGACGACCCGCGCGGCAGGUGGCUGCUCCCGACGUACCUGGAGGCGGAGCGGCCGGCCGACAUGGUGCGGUACGCGCGCAAGCCGAUUUUUGCCCGCAAGGGCGCGGGGGUGACGCUCCAGGACGGCGACGAAACCAUCAUCCGCACCGGGGCCUGCGGGUUCGGCGACGAGGGCUACGUGGUGCAGGAGCUGGCGGUGCUGCCGGCCUUUGGCGGCGACGAGGACGGCAAAGCGCGCAGGCCGUCCUACCCGGUGAUUGGGCUGUGGAUGAUCGACGGGGCGCCGGCCGGCAUGGGGAUCCGCGAGGACGUCGGCCAGGUCACGGGCGACUCUUCGUCCUUCAUACCCAACGUGAUUGAGGAUGCGCCCGAGGUCAAUUAUGAGCGGCAGCCGGUGCCCACGCUUGGGGAGAUUGAGGCUGUGCUCAGCCUCGAUACGUAUUACGAGUCUGGCGUGUUGAAGGCUGCUGCGUAGGGGGGGCUGUGGUAGACAGAAAACGUG